UAUUCGAUCAGCUUGAGUAGGAGACGGUCUUCUGUGUUUUAUGAAAGCGUGGCAAAUGAUCGAACAGAAGAUCCAGAUGCUCGGAACCAUCUUGGGUGGCCCGGUGGUAUUCCGUAAACAGGUAUGCGUCAACCACCGGACGUAGGCAGAGAUUGCCGGGCUGUAAAAUAGAAAUAAUGUUGACUCCAAUCGCAAGAGGGCGGAAAAACUAGGAAGCGCAUUUUUGUUCUUUUUGAACAACCAGCGGCGUUCGGAGGCAAGUGCGGGCGUCGCAACGCGAGGUGGUUCCGCGCGAGCAAGUAAAAUCCCAACUACCGCAGAGAUGGCGACGUUAGCUUCCUAUGCGCCGCUUUUGACGGCGAGCGGAUUCUACGUGGGCUCGAGCAUUGGCCUCAUUUCCUUCAAUAAGUACCUAGUGAACGAGUCGCGGUUCCCGUUCGCCGUUGCCUUGGUGUUGCUGCACAUGAGCGUCAGUUUCCUGUGCGCGCUGCUUUUCUACUUCAUCCGGCCAGAUCUGUACCCAAAUGCGGAGUACCUUCGGAAGGAAUACCUCUUCCCGGCCUCGUAUGCCAAAACCGGAAAAGUUUCCGCAGCCGCGCAAGCAUACGUGCAGCGCAUUUUGUGGACGAUGCUGCCGAUUUCCCUCUUUUUUGCUGGGACGCUGGUGCUCUCCAAUAUGGCGUAUCUCUACUGCAGCAUGGCGUUUCUCCAGAUGAUGAAGGAAGGCAACCUUGCGCUGGUCUACAUCGGAAGCUUGUUGCUGGGCUUGGAAAAAUGUAUUUUCAGUAUCUGCUGCGAUCAUUAUUAUAUACUUUCAUCGCGCAGGUGUACGUGUUGUUUUCAUUUCCUUUGUCUUCACCGUGCUACGUGUUUUAGUGCCUUUUCGCCAGCUUGUCGUUAGUGUUCGCCACCGACAGUCGAUUUUAUAUGACUCACAGCUAUUGAGACACGAAUCUUGGGAAUUUUGUGUUUCAUCAUUGGCGCCACGAGCAUGACAAUCUACGGCGAGAUGCACUUCGUCCUCGUGGGCUUUCUGAUUCAGCUCGGCUCCCAGGCCUGCGAGGUAAGUAAGAUUCUCCUGCAGAACAAGUGCUUGUCGCAAGCGGCGCAGCAAGAAGACCAAGAAAACGAGGGAGAGAUACAACUGGACGAUGAGGAAAAAGGCCUAGCCGGCACGGCCGCAAGCUCAGAGGAAGACAGAGGCGUAGUAAAAGCAGGGACAUCUUCAAAAGCAGGUGCCAACAGCCCUCCCCCCAAGCUGGACCCGCUGUCGUUUGUGUUGUUUUGUUCGCCCUGUUGCGUGCCCAUCCUGCUCGUGAAGCUGUACGUCCUCGAGUACGACGCGAGGAUCUUGACGCAGGGAGCCAUCUACGCACUACCGCUCUUGGCGAACGCGGUCCUGGCAUUCGGGUUGAACGUGUCGAUUGCCUGCUUCAUGCAGCACGCGUCGGCCGUGAGCUUUCUCGUGUGCGGGGUCGCCAAGGACGUGCUCAUCGUUUUUCUGGGCAUGCUCCUGUUCCAGGAACCGGUCACCCCCCUGCAGCUCACCUUCUUUGGCCUGCAGAUCUACGGAAUCACAUUGUACUCCUGUGUCCGGGGCUUUCCGACCCAGUUUCGCGACGACGAGUGGGCGGCAUGGACACUGACGAAAAAGUUGCUGUGCAUAGUAUAAUCUUCGCCGUGAUAUUCAAGCUUUCUUCACUCUAUACUCUUGUAGGCGUUCUGCUUGCCAAUCCAGUUCCAUCAUGCCGAGAACUGGCACAAGAAAUGAACGCGUGUCUCUGACACGGUGUACUACCUCUGUGAUAAGUACUUAACUCAAAAUCAACACAACAGGAACCCUGGGACACGGAUGCGGAAACGUUGAAACGAGUGGAGACCCAGCCCCUGACUGAAAGCACUGCCGCCACUUCAUCUAGUAGUUCUUACACGACGGACCAGGAGGAUCCUAGGCAGUUGUCUCCGCGAAGCAACGGCGACUCGAUAGGACACGUCAAAUAGUUUUUUCCCGUUUAAUGUUUUGGUAUGCCAAAGCAUAGUACGCUUAUUUUUUUUACGAGGGGUAUGAGUAAGUUGUAUAGUCCGUUUUGUUUUGACUCGGUCCCGGUGCUGUUUCUGAUCAGGGCGUGAUUGCAGUCCGCGGAACCGUCUCGAGAGAAAAUCUUUCAAGAAGGCUGCAGAGAUGUAGUUGACGUUACUAUGCGUCCACUCAUCUCCGCGAAACAGUCACAUGACUGCAUUACCGGGGAACCGAGUGUCAGUCAGAGUCAUUGGCGCUUCAAUUUUUGAAAGUCGUCCCUUAUCUGGUACAAGAACGCGGG